CAGUAAAGUCAGAGAUAAUCUUUGAACAUGGCAGCCUUAAAUGCAUGUAGUGCUCUCGUGACAGGGGCCAAUCGAGGCUUGGGUUUAGAAAUGGUCAAGCAACUUCUGGAGGCCCAUUGCUCAAAAGUAUUUGCUGCAUGUCGUGACACUGAUGGACCAAAUUCUGAGGUACUGCGAGAACUGGCUAAAAAGAAUCCAGAUGUUGUCAUCCUUGUGAAACUUGACGUUGCUGAUCCAUGCAGUAUUAAAGAAUCUGCCAAGAAAGUGGGUUCUCUACUGGGGGAGAAGGGUUUGAACCUGCUUGUGAAUAAUGCUGCAAUCUUGCCCCAAAAAACCAUGCUGACUGCUACUGUUGAGGACAUGCACAACACCUUCAAUACCAAUGUGAUAGGACCUUUAUUUGUCAUUAGGGAGUACCUGCCGUAUCUGCAGGCAGCAGCUAAAGCCAGUGGAAAACCAGGGAUGUCACCUGGUAAAGCAGCUGUGAUCAACAUCUCCACAGAUGCAGCAUCCUUAAGCAUGAUCCCAUCAAUGAAAGAGCCAUUCCCACUGUUCCCGUACAGUAUCAGCAAGGUAGGCCUUAACAUGCUGACUGUAUACACUGCUAGAGAUUUAAAAGCAGACGAGAUCCUCUGCAUUUCCAUUCACCCAGGAUGGGUGAGGACAGACAUGGGAAGCUAUGAGGCAACACUCGACACCAGAGAAAGUGUGGAGUGCAUGCUGCGUGUCAUUGGCAGCCUAACUGAGAAAGAUCAAGGUGGAUACAUGGACUACACUGGAAAAACAAUGCCCUGGUAAAACAGAAGAACAACUAGAAACAUUGUUACAUAAGAAGGUUCAUGAAGAGGCCAAUUGUGACGCAUAGUUUACCUGUUAUAAAUACGCUAAUAAGAACAGUUAUAAUCAAAAUGCACCCCUUUUUUAAUGUGUAUGCGUUGUGAAGAUUCACAGCACGUACUGUCAAAUGGAUGAAUCUAUUGUCUUAAUUUGCUGCCGUUUUUUUGUAAUUGUAUGUGUUUUCUUAAAUUGCAGCACGUUAAGCUCUUUCGGCCACCAUACAAGCUUAUGUUUUGUAAAAUAAAGCAAACAAGCCAAAAAGAAUCCAACUUUUUGGACAAUAUAAUUAGUCAUUUUCACAGCAUAACACACCAUGACAAGUCAAAUAUUUAGUAUUUAAUGAUAAGACAUUUCUUACAACAUUGAUUCUUCAUGAACCCAAACAAACAACACGAGAUGGACUUUAGAAACAAUCUCUUAUUUUUACACAUUGAUCAAUGCUUAUGUUAAUAUAUGACUUGUUAUAUAUAUGACUUGUUUGUAUACAUUGUGAAAAAUGAAAUAAAUACCAAUAAUCUUU